AUGCCCGAUGCUCUCUCGAAAACGGUUCCUAUUUGGAGUGCCGUCAUGAACAAGUCCUUGUUUCCCGAGAAACCUGCGAGCCAUCAUGUCCAAUUCCCACCAAGGCUUCUGGGUGCGUCUGAGAAGUCGCAAAUCCAAAGUCGAAUUGAUGGAUUUGUGGCUGCCUUCAAAGGUUUGGGUUUGGAUCUAGAGGCAUUGAAACGUAGAAUGGGAAAACCUGUUCGGUUGGAGUGGGCAACAAGGGAAUAUCCCCUCCCUGAAUGCACAAAUGAUAUGGAGUAUCACCUCAUAGUUUUGUGUUCCGCAUCGAAACGCGUUCGAGGCGCCGAAAUGUCAGAAGGCGGGUACAUCCAAGGUGCAGGCGAUGACAGCGAAGGGUGGGCAUACGGCCUUACCCCGGAUAUAUUCUGGAAGGAGAAGGACAUUCUGCUUAGUACAGGCGAGGAAAGCCUGCCUGGCUUGAUUGAAGGCCUGCUUCAGAAGCAACGUCAAGCUGUUUCUACUGAGCAAGCGACAGUGAUCUCACCAACCAAGAACGUCUUCAUUGGAAAAAGCGAGUCACUGAACGACCCCGCCAUUUCUUUUGACUUGAUCAUCGAUUGCCACGGAGACCCUGACUCCUCGCAGGGUACAAGAUUGAAUUUGGGCUGCGGGACGGGGAAACUCGGGAGUCGCAACCUCCGAAAGGUGUUGGACAGGGUUGAGGAAUUUAUACCCAAUCACCUGAAUAAAGACUCGUCUCAGUCCCUACUAGUAGCCUGCGACACAGGAAAGGAUCUCUCUGUUGGAACAGCUCUCAUGAUACUAUGCUCAUUCUUCAAUGACGAUGGUAAGCUUUCUUUUACCAGCAAAUCUCCUAUUUAA